AUGCAUUACAUCGCAACGAAUUCAACAACUAAUACCAAUAACAACAAUAACAAUAAUAAUAUUAAAAUUAAUAGUCCAAAUUUAAUAUCAACUAAAAAUUAUAAUAAUAAUUUAGAUUUGAAUCAUCAAGAUUCUUUUUCAUUAACUAAUAAUAAUUCUCCAAAUUCUAAAUCAAUAAACAAUAAUAAUAAUAAUAAUAGUAAUAUAAAGGUUUCAAAAAGUAAUUCAGUUUUCAAUUUCGAUCAACUCUUAUCAUUACCCACCAAGCAGAGUGUCUUAAAACAACAGAAACCAGAAUCAAAUCAUUCCGCUAUUUCAAGAUCAUCAAGUUCCAUAUUUUUUGGUAAAGAUAAAGAAAGUAACAACAACAACAACAGCAAUAAAUUACAACAAUCAACUGGAGGAUCGUCAUCACCAAAGCAAUUGUCGUAUCAACAACAGCAACAACUUCUCCAAAUUUCGAAGCGAUCUCCAACACUUUCUCCGUUACAACAUUCUUCUUCAGAUAUGAACAGUAUGUUACAAAGACUCGACUUAAGGAGACCGAGUAUUGCAGCAUCGGGAAUGGACGACUCGCCGAAUGGCGCUGACAUGCCCUACUCACUGGAACACUCGCUCGGCUCCACACCGUCGCUCUCCUCGAUGAAGGUGGCCGAAGAGAUUGACAUUGUCGUGAUUGGCGAUGAACUCUCAAACAAAGCACGUUUCAUCACUUCCUUCCUCAACAACGAUGACUUCCAGAAGGAUCCAACUCUGGACAUUGCAUGUCGUCGUCCAGUCACCAUAAAGAACGGCACCUACAACGUCAACAUCCACACUACCGUCGGCCAAGAAGAUUUCUGGGGAAUCAACGACUGCUACAAUCGUCAGGGUCACGGAUUUGUAUUUGUAUAUAACAUCAACUCGCGUGAAUCAUUCAAUGCAUUCUCGACGUUGCGCGACAAGAUUCUCUACGACAAAUCGUCAGAGAAUGUCAUGAUGGCCAUGGUUGGCUAUGGCGAGCACGAAAUCGAUGGCGAAUCAGGCGAGAAACGUCAGCGUGAAGUAUCGUAUGCCGAAGCGAAACGUCUGGCAGAGUUGUAUCAAUAUCCAUUCACAGAGAUUCCAACGUUCGAACCAUCGUCCGAGCCACUGAUUAGCAAUUGUAUCUCUGAACUACUUCAUCGUAUCACUCACUUUAAUGGAUCGCAAUCUGGCAGCGCCGCUUCUAGUGCUGCCAACGGCGCCAACGCCUCCGACAAGACUGGCGCUCAAAUCCAACAGACCACCGAGAUCAUGGUGCUGGGCGAGCUCUUCACCGGAAAAUCACAGUAUAUCCAACGUUGUCUGGCCGGACAGUUCAGCGCCAGCUAUCGCGAAACCACCGAAUGGUCAAAGAAUAUCAUACAGUCACAGAUGAACGAUAUUCGCUAUUUCAUAAAGUUGGUGGACACCCGUGGUUUGAUGUUGGAGGAAUCACUGACGCGUGAAAAGCUCAAUACCACACAGGCAUUCAUCUUUAUGUACAGUAUUACCAGCCGCAACAGCUUUACAACACUCGAGUCACUCCGAAAGAAGGUCUUGGCAUGCAAGGCCGAAUCUAAAAUCCCAUGUAUACUCAUCGCCAACAAGUCUGAUUGUCUGACACUGGCUCGUCAAGUCACCACCCAAGAGGGUAACGACCUCGCCAAACUCUGGGGUUGUCCAUACUUUGAACUUUCAAUGAAAACAUCUGAUGAAGAAGAUGUACUUAAAACAAUAUCUCAACUAUUAGUUGAAUUACAAAAAAUGAAUAAUAAUAUAGAUGUUGGAGAAUUUAAAAAAGAAGGAUAUUUAAUGAAAGAAGGUACAAAACUAAAGAAAUCAAUGACCAAAUACUAUUUCAAGAUAAAACGUGGAUAUUUGUAUUAUUGUAAGAACCAAGCGCACACCAAGAAUAUAAAGACGAUCGAGUUGUCGGAAGCCGUGCAAGUCCAAAUAUUAAAUAAUCAAGAGAAGAAGGAUGUUUGGCCAUUCAGUUUGAUCGUCGAGGGCAAGGUGAUCAAUUUGGUGGCGACGACAGAAGCCGAGCGUGACCAAUGGGUUACAUCGAUCAAGAUCAACUGCUACGUCAACGAAUUCAUCGGUAAUCUGAUGGAAGACGUCAUGGUGACGAUGGUCAAUGAGAUAGCACAGCAAUCGCAAGGCCAGACACUCCACAAGCGUACCGACUCUACGAAAUCAUAUACAUCACUCGCCAGUUCCUAUCCUUCAUCGCCACUUUCACUCUCACCGGAUUCGUCGUCGGUGUCAACAUCACCCUCGGAAUCAUCGUCACUAGCCGGCUCACCUCAACUUCACUCACUCAACUCGUACGACAACAACUCGCCACUCCACAGUCCACUCAAAAAGAAUCUUUUAUCACGUACCACCAGUUUUUCUAAAACCACAAAAUUCCACUAA